CAAAGAUGUAUAAAAAUGAAAAUCAACAUACCUUUACUUUCAGUUAAAAAAAUUUUUGGUGCAAUUUCAAGAUCUAAGAAUGAAGAUCAUAGUAGUUUUAGUGCUUCUUCAUGGAUAUCUGUGUCUUGAGGAUUCAUCCACUUCCCAACCACAUCUUCAGGAGGAAGUAUGUUCAAUACUGCACAAGGAAAUGGGUUCAUCUUCAUCUACACGUGAAUUCACAGGGCUUUUGGAGAUAUCAGUCAAAUUUAUGGAAAUGGAUUUGUCUAAUCUACCUCAUCAUUACCUUGGUGGAUACUUCAGAAACCUAGUCCUCCCACAGCCACCCCACACCAGGCGAAGGAAGAGGAGUUACAUACUUCCGCCUACCCACAACAUGCACAACACUCAGAACACGGAUUGUGUUAAGAAAUACAGGGUUGAUGUCAGUCAGAUCUUUCAAAAAUAUCCAUCUUGGUCGACCUUGCUAAAUCAAGGGGAGACAAUCAGCGUAUUUGGUUCAGACCUGCUUCAAAUAAACGAGAACUUUCUCGUCACAGUUCAAUAUGUAAAAGGAGGACAGUGUGCGGGUGAAUGGAAAAUUCUUAGCGCUCGGAAAUGGGAUGAUCUCAGCGCCUAUCAAAGAGAUCUUCUAAACGAUGGAACGUAUUUACAGAACUGUGGUAGUAAUACGGAGGUCCUUCAAGAGUGCUUUAAGCCACCCUCAAACCGUAAAUCCUCACUCGGCAGGUAUGCUAGCUGCUCUGACAAAUACUCAUACUGUGCACUCGCUGGUAAAACACCCGCGAGGCUUGAGAAAAAAAACCGGGAGUUCAAUUCGUGUGUCAACGACGUCAAAGUUACAACACCGAGGCCUCUGAUCCAACCUGUGGCAUAAUGACUCCUUUGUAACCGCUGUAGACAUGUUUUCAGCUUUACAAAUGGUCCCUGAAAUUUUUUUGUGAUGCAUCAAUUGUACAUUCAACACGUUAAAUCGAAUAAAAUUCAUACAAAUUGUCA